UGACUGUCUAUCUAUGAACAUGCCACAAUUCACGACCAAAUCCGAUGGCUUACCUUUGAAUUAAAUUGCUCUCGUAGCAUUCUACUACUCUAACUUUAUCUGUCGUCGGCUCUUCCACUUUCGGAGUGGGCAUGAUCUCGAUGGAUGGAUUUUGCAUCUCCCACUAUUAAACGGCGCCGUCUGCAUCUAGAUCCCCUGCAAUAGAUUGCUGGAGCUAGUGAUAUUUGAAUAACGGAGGCCAUGGUGGCGGCGGCUGCGGAGGUGAAACUCUUGGGGAUGUGGGCGAGCCCGUCAGUACGGCGCGUUGAGUGGGGACUGCAGAUGAAGGGCAUCGAGUACGAGUACGUGGAGGAAGACCUCGCCAACAAGAGCGCCGCCCUGCUCCGCCAUAACCCCGUCCACAAGCAGGUCCCCGUGCUCCUCCACGGCGACCGCGCUGUCACCGACUCUCUCCUCAUACUUGAGUACAUCGACGAGACGUGGCUGGGGAUGCCGCUGCUGCCCCGGGACCCUUACCGUCGCGCCUCGGCGCGCUUCUGGGCUAAAUUCGCCGAAGAAAAUUGUCGUGAAGCAACGAAGAAAGCUUUCUUCGAGAGGGGCGAGGAGCGGUCGGAAGCAAUAGAGCAAUUAAGAGAACAAUUGCAGAGGUUGGACGAGGAGCUCGAGGGAAAGAAGUUCUUCGGCGGCGUGGAGAUUGGGUUCGCAGACUUGGCCGUCGGGUGGAUGGCGUUCUGGCUGGGGGUAUCGGAGGAGGUGGCCGGUUUCACGGUGGUGGACGCCAAGAAGCUGCCACGGUUCGCCGAGUGGAUGGACGACUUCCUCCGCGUUCCCGUGAUCAGGGACAACCUGCCACCUCGCGAAAAAACGGUGGAAUUUUUCCGCUACUACCGCGACCAACAGUUGGCCGCUGCCGCCGCCGCCGCCAAGUGAAAUUAUACUUAAAUGUCUCUCUGCCUGCACUCGCGCAGAGUUUUCUUAUAUUAAAAGGUCUAUCGAGUGUUUUACUUGCUUGAGUUGGAUUGAGUUGACAUUCUGUCAUGUUAGUGCUUGACAGAAUAUGGGUAAAGAAAGAUUCAGUGAUUCACUGCAA